AUGCCAACCCCAGCCAUUGAAAACGACGAUUCCAGUGGUGACACAAUCAACUCAUCUGGAGCCGAAGAUACCCUAGACGCAGAUAAUGGAGCAUUAGAGACGACGUCAGAUUCAAAUGAACGCCCUCGACAACCGAAACCCGGACCACGACCGCCUGUGCGAGUGCAACCAGUGAUGCCUCCAGAACCCGAAGAAACCGGUUACAAUUGCUGUAGUCGGAAGAAGCUGGCCGCACCACACACCAACCAACCCCAACAUCAUAUCGAGUCGAGUGCUUCAGCAACUUCAGACAUUAGCUUCGGAUUCUUGUUUUGUGGACGACUGUCGUUUACGACACAAAUCAAUAAUAGGGUAAACGUAUGUGGCGGCACAGAAUUCACCCCCGCCGAUUUGGCUCGGAAAAACAGCUUGAUCAAUCGUCAACUCGAACGGGAUAAAAUCGAAAUGAAGCGAACGUUAAAAAUCCUGCUCCUCGGUGGACCAGAAUGCGGCAAGAGUACCAUCUUCAAACAAAUGAAAAUCAUUCAUCUCAACGGGUUUUCCGACUUGGACUAUGUCAAUUUUCGUUAUCUAAUCUACAGUAACAUCAUGCAAGCUAUGGACCAGCUGCUAGACGCCGCAGAAAUGUUCCAUUUUCCACCAGACGACUCUCCCUCGAUUAGAAGGGCACUGAAUCACUACAGAUCCUAUAAAAUUCGGUACAGUAUGUCGGAAGUGGAGUUGAAUCGAGAGCUCACCGAGUCCCUUCAAAAACUGUAUCAUUCUGAGUUUAUCAAGGCGGUGUUGAAUCGGAGAAACGAGAUAACACUGUUGGAUUCGGCGACAUAUUUUCUGGACGAUUUGGACCGGAUAUCGGCACACGAGUACAAGCCAACACAAAUGGAUGUUUUGAGAUCGCGGGUCGCGACGACGGGUAUCACAGAAAUCGAAUUUCCAUUUCGAGAGGCCACAUUGAGAAUGGUUGAUGUUGGUGGUCAGAGAUCGGAGCAGAGGAAAUGGAUUCAUUGUUUUGACAACGUCAAUGGCGUGCUCUUCAUCGCCGCCAUCUCCGGCUACAACCUGUUCAUGGACGACGAGGAGAACCGUCAGGAGAAUGGGCAGCCCGGAAAAACGAACCGCCUUCGCUACUCGAUGGAACUCUUCAAACGAAUCGCCAAUCAUCAAUGCUUCUCAAAAAAGACAGCCAUGAUCCUCUUCUUGAACAAAAUCGAUAUCUUCAAGGAGAAAAUCCCCAAGUAUCCACUAACAUCGUGCUUCAAAAAUUACAAAGGAGCCAGCUCCCUGGAGCCGGCUGCCAAAUACGUGGCAGAUCGAUUCACCAGACUAGUGUCUGGGGAUAUUCAACACGAGAAACCCGUCUAUUCCCAUUAUACCAAUGCCACGGACACCCGAAAUAUCGAUCGGGUAUUCGAUAGUUGUAUGGAUGUGGUGUUCAAGAUUUCUAUGGAAAAAGUUGGCUUCAUGUGA